AUGUCGCGACAACAAGCUAUUGAUCUUAAGAUUAAAACAGAUAGGGAGAUAGCGUUGAGGGCAGGCCGCCGUUUGGUAAAAUGUGAUCCAGGCGAUGAAAUCGUUAUAUCCGGGUUUUCUGGAUCUUUUCCAAACUCGGACGGUCUUCCAGAUUUCGCGGACAAUCUUUUCAAUAAAGUGGACUUAAUAUCUGAUGAUAACAGAAGAUGGACUAUUGAUCACCCGGAAAUCCCACAGCGAACUGGAAAACUGAAUCAAGUAAAUAAGUUCGACGCAGCAUUUUUUGGGGUUCACUACAAACAAGCCCAUACUAUGGAUCCUAUGUGUCGUAUAAUUUUGGAAAAAUCAUAUGAGGCAAUUGUGGACUCAGGCAAUUCCCCGAAGUCAUUAAAAGGAUCAAAAACAGGAGUAUUUGUUGGAGCAUGCUUCAGUGAGUCAGAAAAAACUUGGUUUUAUGAAAAACUUCAAGUUAAUGGAUUUGGACUUACUGGUUGUGCUCGAGCCAUGCUAGCUAAUAGGAUAUCUUAUUGGUUAGGUGUAAAUGGUCCUAGCUAUUCAGUAGAUUCUGCUUGUUCUUCAAGUUUAUAUGCAUUGGAACACGCUUAUAAGGCGAUUCGAGAUGGACACUGUGAUUCUGCACUUGUUGGAGGAUGUAACUUGUGUCUCCAUCCAUACGUAUCUCUGCAAUUUGCGCGUUUGGGUGUACUUUGUGCGGAUGGUCGGUGUAAAUCUUUUGACGAAGCAGCUAAUGGGUAUGUUAGAUCAGAAGCAGUUUGUGUUCUGUACUUACAAAAAGCGAAAAAUGCUAAACGAGUUUAUGCCAAAGUUGUGCAUGCUAAAACAAACUGUGAUGGGUAUAAAGAGCAAGGAAUAACUUAUCCUUCGGGACCAUUACAACAAAGAUUAUUAGAAGAGUUUUACGAAGAGUGUGAAAUAAAGCCAAGCGAUUUAGCUUGGAUAGAAGCACAUGGAACAGGGACUAAAGUUGGUGAUCCAGAAGAAGUGAAAGCUCUAGAAAAUGUGUUUUGUCCUGGACGUACAGGACCAUUAUUAAUUGGUUCUGUGAAAUCUAACAUUGGCCACUCAGAACCUGCCUCCGGUUUAUGUUCUGUAGCCAAAGUUAUCAUAGCUAUGGAAUCUGGUUUUAUACCUCCAAAUAUAAAUUUUAACACUCCACGAGAGGACAUUACAGCAUUUUAUAACGGUCGUAUAAAUGUGGUGGCUGAUAAGACACCUUGGAAUGGUGGUUUAGUUGGUAUUAAUUCAUUCGGUUUUGGUGGUGCUAAUUGUCACGUAUUACUUAAUUGGAACAAUAAAAGUAAAAUUAACAACGGGCUUCCCGAAGACGAUUUACCUAGAUUAGUUGUAGCAUCUGGUAGAACUGAAGAAGCUGUAACCAGUAUAUUAAAAGAUUUCUUGUCAAGAUCAUUGGAUAAAGAAUAUGUGCGUUUAUUACAAGAUGUUCAAGCAGAGCAAAUUCCUGGGCAUAUUUACAGAGGAUAUACUAUCAUAAAAAAAGAUUGCAAAGCAAACCACUCAAUGGAUUUACAAUAUUAUUCCGGUGAAUCACGUCCUGUAUGUUUCGUAUUUUCUGGAAUGGGUUCUCAGUGGACUGGCAUGGGUACAUCAUUGAUGAAAUUACCAAUUUUCAAUGAAUCAAUUUUAAAGAGUCAUAGUAUUUUAAAAGAAUUUGGAAUUGACUUAGUAAAAAUAAUUACUAGUACUGAUGCUAAUAUAUUAAACAAUACAGUUAACUCGUUUGUGGGAAUUGCAGCCAUGCAAAUUGCAUUGUUUGAUGUGUUGGUUGCUAUUGGAAUUACUCCAGACAUUAUUAUUGGACAUUCAAUCGGGGAAUUAGUGUGUGCUUAUGCUGAUGGCUGUUUAACAUCUGAACAGACUAUAAAAGUUGCUUAUUACUAUGGCUUAGCUACAUUAAAUUCAAAGAUUCCUUUAGGUGCAAUGGCGUUUGUUGAUAUUGGAUAUAAUCAAAUUAAAGACUUACUUCCAACAAAUGUUGUAGUGGCUUGGCAUAACUCGCCAGAUAAUUGUGCAAUAUCUGGUCUAAAAGAAUCUGUUGAACAGUUUGUUCUUAAAUUAAAAUCAAAAAACAUUUCAACGCAAAUGAUAAAUGUACUAAAUACUCCAUAUCAUUCAACAUCAAUUAAAAAAGCAAUCCCAUCAUUAUUAGAAUAUCUGAAAAAUAUUAUAACAAAUCCUAAAUUACGGUCAGAAAAAUGGUUAAGUACAUCAGUACCAGAAGAACAAUGGGGCGAAGAUAAAGCUAAAUAUUGUUCUGCCGAAUAUUGUGCAAAUAAUUUACUAAAUAGUGUAUUAUUUGAUGAAACAUUUGAACAUGUACCAAAGGGGUCUGUAUUAAUUGAAUUAGCUCCGCAUGGUGUUCUCCAGGAUGUAUUGAACCGAUCACACAAAAUAAAUAUUACCAAUGUAGAUUUAGCUUCUAGGAAUCAUAAAGAUGGAAUUGAUUACCUACUGUCAGCUUUUGGAAAAAUAUUUGAAGCUGGUCUCAAUCCAAAAAUCAGUAAUCUUUACCCGGAUAUCGAGUUUCCGGUUAGCCGAGGUACUCCAAUGAUUGCACCUUUAGUACGAUGGGAGCAUUCAGAAGAUUGGUACGUGACAAUGUAUCGUGUUCAAGAUAAAAUUAAAUCUGGUGAACGAAAUAUUUCGAUUUCGUUAAAAGAUGAAGAACAUGAGUAUUUAUCUGGUCACGUGAUUGAUGGUAGAAAUUUAUUCCCAGCAACCGGAUAUUUGGUAAUGGCAUGGGAAACACUUGCUUUGAUGAGAGGAGAACUAUACUCUGAAGUACCAGUUGUAUUUGAAAAUGUUCGUUUCCAAAGGGCAACAAAUAUUCCAAAAGAUGGAAAUGUAGAGUUUAUUGUAAUGGUUCAAAAAGGCAGUGGUACGUUUGAGGUAGUUGAAAGUGGGGCGCCUGUUGUUACUGGUCGUUUGUACAUUCCUACCGAUGUCAACAACGAGAUGAUUGACAUGCCUCCGCAUCCAGACGAACCAAAUGAUACAGAUUUAAAUAUAAAGGAUAUUUACAAAGAAUUAAGACUCCGAGGUUAUAAUUAUAAAGGAAUGUUUAGAAGCUUAAAUAGAGUAAAUCUUGAUGCGACUGUUGGAAGAGUUGGUUGGUUUAAUAAUUGGGUUGCAUUCAUGGAUAAUAUGUUACAAAUACAAAUAUUAAAAGAAGACACAAGAGCCCUUUUUGUGCCUACUUCAUUACAGAAACUUUUUAUAAAUGUGAAAAAACACGCUACAAUCUUACAAACUCUCCCGGAAGAAAAACCGGAGUUCCCUGUUUACGUGUACCCAGAAAUAGAUCUUAUUCAAGCUGGCGGUGUAGAAAUUCGAGGACUUCACGCAAAUGUAAUUGCUAAAAGGAAGCCUUUAGCUGAUCCAGUUAUAGAGAAAUAUACGUUUGUUCCAAACAUUAUUGAAACGGGCUAUACACUGGAACAAAUAGUGCGCAUUUCUUUGCAUUUAGUAAUUGAAAACCUCAUAAGCAUUAAAGUAAAAACUGUAGAAAUUUUAAAUAAAACUUUUAACCCGGAUGUACAAAUUCUUAGCCCCAUCAUACUCGAUGUCUUAGCUGAUCUACCACUCAUACAGCCCGAAGUAUCUAUUCUAUCUGAUGGGACUCACCCUCAAUUGAAGGAAAUAGGAUCCAAUAUAACAGUGGAAGAUAAAAAAUUAUCUCCAGAUCAAUCGGUAUUAUUGGCUGUGGGAUCAGGAGUUCUACAAGAUUCUAACUUAUUGGAACAAGUUUUUGCGACUCUUAAACCAGGUGGAUUUUUACUGACACGUGAGAAAUUAAAUGUCGAAUACUCACCAGAUUCUGUAGAAGUGUGUCUAGAUGCUUCCUUAGAACAGGAACGAUUAAUGCUUGUUAGAAAGCCUUUGGAGCAAAACAUUGUCCCAAUCGUUGUUAAAAUAUCGAGCACUGAGUUUUCGUGGUUACCUGUAUUACAAAAACUAUUAAAAGCCGAUGAUGCAUCUGUCAGCCAAAAAAUUGUUCUUGUCGGCGAAAAAGAUCCUACAAAUGGUAUAGUUGGACUAUUAAAUUGUAUCAGAAAAGAACCAGGUGGUGACAGAGUUAGAUGUGUAUUUAUAAUGGACAAAUGUGCACCAAGCUUUUCUUUGGACGAACCUUUAUAUAGGAAACAAUUAAACAAAGAUUUAAUAUUAAACGUGUACAAGAAUAAAGUUUGGGGAUCUUACAGACAUUUAUUAUUAGAACCUCCGUCUUUAAUCGAAGUUCAACAUAGUUGUGCUAAUAGCUCAAUCCGCGGCGAUUUGUCCUCUUUAAAAUGGUUUCAGGGAUCCAUUGUUCCAUUUAAAAAACAACCAGCUGAAUCGGAUCUAGUUCAUGUUUAUUAUACUGCUUUGAACUUCAGAGAUAUUAUGUUAGCCACAGCUAAACUAGCUCCUGAAGUUAUAGCAAGGGGUCGCAUUAAUCAAGAAAGUGUAAUCGGUUUUGAAUAUUCCGGUCGGCUCGAGAGUGGAGAGAGAAUCAUGGGAAUGAUUACGUCACGAGCUUUAACAAAUAUACUUGUUUAUGAUAAAUAUUUGUCAUGGAAAGUACCGGAUAGUUGGUCAUUAGAAGAAGCGGCAACUGUACCAGUAGUUUAUGGAACAGUAAUAUACGCUUUGAUUGUCAGUGGUCGAAUGAAACGUGGUGAUUCAAUACUUAUCCACGCCGGAACUGGCGGAGUUGGUCAAGCUGCUAUAACUAUAGCACUUUAUUAUGAAUGUGAAAUUUUCACAACAGUUGGAACGGCAGAAAAAAGGGAGUUUAUCAAAACCCAUUUCCCACAAAUCCCUGAAAGCCAUAUUGGAAAUUCAAGAGAUUCAUCAUUUGAGCAAAUGAUAAUGAUGGAAACUGAUGGAAAAGGUGUUGAUAUGGUAUUGAAUUCAUUAGCUGAAGAAAAACUUUUAGCUUCAGUCAGAUGUUUAGCAACUGGAGGUCGAUUUUUAGAAAUAGGAAAAUUCGAUUUAGCAAACAACAGCAUGAUAGGUAUGGAAUUAUUUUUAAAAGAAAUUAGUUUCCACGGUGUUAUGUUGGACACAUUGUUUGAUAGUCCAAAUGAAUGGAAGGAAGUAUUCCAACGUCAAGUACAAGAAAAUAUUGAUUCUGGAGCGAUAAAGCCAUUAGUGCGCACAGUUUUUGAAAGCGAUCAGAUAGAACCAGCUUUUAGGUAUAUGGCUGCAGGUAAACAUAUUGGUAAAGUAUUGAUAAAAAUCAGAGAUGAAGAAGAAGAUCGUUUUAUUAAACCACAGUCUAUAAAUGUAAAGGCAUACCCAAGAGUGACGUUUGACGAGAAUUCAUCUUGUAUUAUUUGCGGUGGUCUGGGAGGUUUUGGUCUUGAACUGGCUGACUGGAUGGUUUUGAGAAAUUCGAGAAAUAUCAUUCUUACUACAAGAACAGGUAUACGUAAUGGAUACCAAGCAUUGAGAAAACGCGUAUGGGAAUCUUAUGGAGCUAAGGUGGUAAUUUCAACUGCUGAUAUUACUACAGAAGAAGGAGUUAAACAAUUGCUUAACGAAGCCAACAAGUUGGGACCAGUUUCUACUAUUUUUAAUCUCGCUGUAGUUUUGAAAGAUGCUUUGUUUGAGAAUCAAACAGAAGAAGAUUUUAAAGCAUCAGCUGGACCAAAAUCUAUUGCAACGGCAUUGCUCGAUAAAUAUUCUAGAACAAUGUGUCCGGAGUUGAAACAUUUUGUAAUUUUUUCGAGCGUAAGCUGUGGUCGUGGGAACGCUGGACAAACUAAUUAUGGUAUGUCCAAUUCGGUAAUGGAGAGAAUAUGUGAGAUUCGUCAUUCGGAAGGAUUGCCCGCUUUGGCUGUUGAAUGGGGAGCUGUUGGUGAAGUGGGUCUUGUGGCUGAUAUGGCUGAAGACAAUCAAGAGGUAGUCAUUGGUGGUACUUUACAACAAAAAAUCGGCAAUUGCUUAGAAAUAUUGGAUGGUUUGUUAACUCAGAAAAAUAACCCUAUUGUCUCGAGCAUGGUAGUUGCUGAGAAACGUGCAUCUAGUAGUAAUGCAGGCACUAUUGUUGAUACUGUAAUUAACAUCCUUGGUCUUAGGGAUUUAAAAACCAUUAGUUUACAUUCAACCUUGGCAGAAUUGGGUAUGGAUUCAAUGAUGGCUGUUGAAAUCAAGCAGACAUUGGAAAGACAAUUUGAAGUAUUUUUAACGCCUCAAGACAUCAGAAGUAUGACAUUUGCAAAAUUGCAAGAAAUCGGAUCUUCGGAUGAUAAAGAAAAGAAAGCCGAAGUUGAUCCAAAGUCAAUUGCUCAAAUGCCUGAUGUAGGAUUGGGUUACCUUAUUCGAGCUAUAGGAGAAGAAUCGUCUGCUUAUAAUUCUAUUAUGCGUAUCCCAUCUUUAUGUGAAGAUGGUUCUGUAGUCGAACAACCUACUACCAAACUAAAUACAUUAUUCGUUAUACCCGGGCUUGAAGGUAUUUCAUCAAUGAUGGAACCUUUAUCCAACAAUUUAAAUAUGCAAGUCUUAUGUUUACAAUAUGACAUUUUGGGCACUGCAUCUACUAUUGAAGAAAUGGCUGCUGCUCAUUAUACAUUAAUCCAAGAACGAUUGUCGGCUGAUCAAGAAUUUUCAAUUGUCGGCUAUUCAUUUGGUGGACUUAUUGCCAUCGAGGUUUUAAAAAUUCUGGAAAAAAAUAACCGUACAGGUAAACUGUGGUUGAUUGAUAGUGCUCCAGAAUUUUUGAAAAUGACCACUGAAUUAGCAAUUCGUGGUGAUAAAACACAAGACCAAGAAAUUCAAGUACAACUAAUACUGAGGUUCCUUGAUUUAGUUUGGCCUCACAAUAAAACUAAAAUUACGACUGAACUGUACCAAAAAAAUUCAUGGGAAGAACGUUUAAAUUAUUUCAUUGAACAAGUCCCUGAUGAUACUAUAUACAGUAAAGACUAUCAAAAACAAUUAUUAAGCUCUGCUUAUAUUAAGUUGAAGGCAGUCAUUAAUUAUGAUGGAAAACCUAACGGUAGCUUAAAAACUAGUACUGUGUUAAUACGCCCCACCGAACAAGUUUUACCAAUAUCCGAAGAUUAUGGACUCUCGGAGUAUUUUAAUUCGGCAGUCAUGGUACACUUUGUUGAAGGAAAUCAUUAUUCAAUAUUAGAAAACAAAAAAGUUGCUGAACUUAUUUCGCAGUCCUCGUCAUCCAAAGAUUUAUAG